AUGAAAGAAGAGCAGCCGCUUGAUUUUGCGGGACCAACAACUGUUUCAUCAGCUUUGUCAAAUAAUAAUCGAGCAACACAGCCAACAGUGGCAAGCACACAUUCCUCUACAACAAUUUGCCAAGGAUGCUUGGAGAUCAAAAAAGAAGUGCAAGAAAUGAAACAGCAUUUCGAGAGGAAUAUGCAAGCUCUUAUCAAUCAGGUUUGUGCUGCGACCGGUAGUGAACUGGGGAAUACUUUGGCAAGCUCUUCGUCAACUCCUCGGAAGAAUGCAGUCACUCCUGAAUGUCCCGUUGCGCUGAGACCAUUGCCAGCAUUGCCAAGCCCAUUGUUACAGUGGAAUCCUUGGCUAUUUCCGUCAUUGUUACAACAAACGAGUCCAAUUUUGCCACCAAACCUGCAAGAACAGCUACAGCUUGGUUCAAUAAAAAGAUGGAAUUCAUCGAACCUCGACCGAAAAUGCGAUUCAAAUGGCGAUGCACAAAUUGAUCCGGUAAGCAUUGAUAACAACAACGAUAUGUGCUCAACGCCUGUUUCAGUUACUACUAAGAGUGUCAUUAGCAGUACGGAUAAUGUAGCGCACGUAUUCGCGUCGAAGUUAGAUUCACUGUCUUCACUAAAUCCUUUGCUUCUACAGCAGCAGCUGUUACAACAACUAGUUGUGAAUGGACAGGGCCAUCUGCCACAAUCGUCAUCAACACAGUUACAUCACAUACAACAAACGCGGCAAGAACAGUCUAAACAGGAUCAUUCUACUCAGCUUCACCUGAGUUCUACGAAUGUCGUUGAUCAAACACUAAGCUGUGGCCUUCCGGCUCAUCUGGAAACAUUAGCUGGACGAAAUCAACAAGUUCAUCAACAUCUGGUUCAGCAGAUGUUAAAUAGCAGUCAUGGUUCCCAAAAUACAUUAGUUCGACAACAGCGACAACAUCUUUCUAAUGCUUCACCCUGUCGAAAGAAGCCUGUGUCAGAUGAUUAUGUAAAAUUCAUACGUCAGAAGGGCAUUUCUCAAAGCAGCAUUUCAGAUAUAAAAAUUCCGGUGCCCCAAGCUUAUCUUUCAGAUCCAGGUUUCACACCUUGUAGCGAAGAGCAGAUUAUUCACCAGUUUCAUCAAAAUCGUCGCUGUGAUGAUGAUGUACGCAAGGCAAUGGCUUUUCUUUCGAAAAUGUUGGCUGAAAAGCGGGUAUUUGGUACCAAGCUAAUGGCACAAACGACCGUUGCUGGUCCUAAUCAUUCAACUUACAAAAAUCUUCCUGAAGAAGGCAUUCAUUACAUUGCUUAUGUAUGUCGUAAAGUGAUGAUCCAUCGAAUCCCCAAUGAGGAUGAAUUUUGGGAAGUGUUUCGUGAUGUGACGCGUAAACUGGCUGCUCGUUGCCGACGUGUGCGGCAUUCGAAAAAGACAAGAAGUGAAGAACGUGAUGCCAAAAGACUUCGCGAAAGUAGUGCUGUGGAUCAUCAUCGCCAUCAUCAUUUACAGAUUAGUACCACGGGUGCUGUUGCUGUUGAUAAUGAUGCUUUAAAAGCUGCUGCUCCACUCCUUUCCAAUUUGAAAAAUAAUGCAACAGAUACUUUUAAUGCAGCCCUGGAGCAUCGUUUACAGGUUAAUGAAGAACAUCUGAAAGGCAUACAGAGUACCCCAUUGCAGGCGUCGUUUAAACCUGACACUAGUGUUGCCUAA